AUGGACCCCGACUUUCUCAAAAACCUUGAAUAUUUCGCCACACCCAAUAACCAAACACCCACCAACCCCGACCAGGCCGGCGAAUCGUCCAUCGCAGCUGCCGCUCGCAAUGAGACCGAUGCUGCCUUCUGGGACGCGCUCGCGAAAGGCGAGCCAUCCUUGACCGGGGCGUCUUCCAAUCCGCCUUCCUCAUCAGUACCCUCUUUUGCGCAGUCCUCCACAGCGCCGACGAACCUUUCGUACCGGCCCGUGCUGGGCCAGGCCAAUAACAAACGACCGGGGCCUGGGCUUUCAAGGAUAACACAAGGUAUAGCUAGCCCACGAAGAAAGGAAGGGCACGAGAAGAAGAGGACCAAAAUGGAUCCGGAUGCGGCAGCUCUAGAGUCGGUUGACUACUGGAUUCAAUUUGACGAUGAUGACGCAGACAACAACCUGGGUGGUAGUUUCGAAAUCGACUUUUCAAAACGGCCCAGUAAUCCUUCACAUUUCGGCAGACCACCAGCGCGGCUCAAUCCCUUGCCUACGACACCAGGGUUGGGCACCGGCCUUUAUGCAAACCCAACGUUCAGGGAGGAUGAUUUUCUGGACGACGGCGCCCUCGACAAUGCGCUGUCUGAGGAUGAGGAUUUUCUCGACAACAUGAAUUUGGGCGAGCAGCUAUCAACCAUUGAAACUCAGCCCCCAUCAGAAGUACCGCCUCGAGAGGGACUCUACUCAACACCAUUGAGCUGGGAGAAACCAGCCCCUGGCCUCAGAAUGAACCCGCUUUUUGGCCUCGGUGCGCCUAUGCUGGACCCCGAGCAAAGGCGAUUGCUCGCCAUUGCCCUCAACGCAGGAGGAUCCGCCAACAACAUUGCUUUCCGGGCUCCGGGUUUGGCAUGGGAGGUGACAUAG